ACGUACCACGCACGAAUCAUACGAGUCUACUCGCGCGCGCGUUUCUAGGUUAUGUUAUUGUUCGUUCGUAGUGCCUGUGUGUGCGAGUUAUUAUUAUCAUUAUUAUUAUUUAACAUUAUUAUUAUUAUUAUUAUUAUUAUUAUUAAUAUUAAUAAUUUUUCAUCGCUUCGCCGCCGGAGGGGGAGGAGUGAGAGCGUUUCGAAAACUACUGACUAGAGAACACGUUUUUUUUAUUGACUGCGCAGAUUUUCUACACGGUUGAACGCCAAACCGUUUUUAACGUCAUCGUCGUUUUAUUCUCUUAUCGCGCGUUUCACUCUUUCGCUGCUCUCGUCGGACGGACGUAAUAGUAAAAUAUAAUAUUUCACCUUUGAUAAUAUCAUUAUUAUUAUUAUAGUCGUGUGCGUGUGCGCUGUGUGUAGGUAACAGUUUCGUGCCGAGUUUCCAACCGACGGGACUUUGGGCGAUAACGUGGCCUCCGCGUGUGCACCCUUCUUACGUGGACAAGACGUUUUAUCGUCGAGCCUCCUGAAAAACACGUACGUGACGCGCAUCUCAUCGGCUCGGCGGUCGGCAGACGGGCCAGACAGUGGUACGGUGCGCGCCACCUGGGACACAAGCCACAAGGACGAGAGAAAUGCCGCCGUCGACACCGCCGUAACCGCCGCCGCCGUUGGACGACGACGCUGUACUACGAUCAAUUAGGUCCAAGCACUCUGUAGCAGACGCAGCAGUCUGCCCAAAUAGAUAACAGCCCCCGGGACGCUGACGUACAAUAUAAUAUUGUAUUUUAAAUAAUAUUAUCACAAGAGUUGAAUAUUAUUUCAUUUAAUUUUUCGAAACACACGGUUUCCGACGACCCUGUCUCCCUCCACAAAACGUAACCCAACCGUCCCACCCCACCCCGUCGUCGAUCGUUUCGGCGUUUGAUUUUCGGGUGCGCCGCCCACCGGCGCUGGAGAGUCGCGUGCGGACGCUACGAUUCCCCCGUGACGCGUCGCGCAACAAGAUGUACGCCGCCGCCUACGUCGUUGCAGUCAAAACGGCCGCCGCCACUGUCGUCACAACAAACGUCGUCAUCGCCACUGUCGGCACCGCUGCCACAGCAGUCGCAAUCGCCGCAGUCGUGUGUCGUCGGAGAAGUGCAGCGCCACGCGUUCUGCUCGGUUCGCGAUGAUCGGCGACGCAACCGCUGCGUGCGUGCCAUGUGACGCGUGAUUCGGCCGCGCGGUAGUUCGCCAGAAUAAAAUAUUUAAUAAUAAUACUGUGGUAUUAUUUUGUGUACACGCGGUCCGGUUCAAUCGGUUUGUUUUUGUUGCGUUUUAAUAAGAGAAACACGACCAGUGGGAGGUACUUGUAGGAAAAUAUUAUACUUAGGUAGGCAUAUUUUAUAUUACUCCCCGCGUGCUUGACCGAAAAUUAAGGGUCUGUAAGUGUUUCGAACCGCCGCAGCGGUGUAGCUCAACGCUCUUUAUAAUAUUAUAUUACAUUAUUGUCGAUGGACAGAUGAAGUACAAACGACCUUUGCUCAAAAAAUGCCGUCCAUGAACGGGUGGUGGAUCGUGUUCGUCUGGCUGUGGUCGCUAUCCGUCGCGACCACGGCCGUCGAGGAGAAGGUGUGCGGCAGCAUCGACGUGCGCAACAGUGGCGAACGCUUUUCUGCGUUGCACAACUGCACCAUCGUCAAUGGUUAUGUGCAGAUCGUGCUGCUUGACGCCACCAAACCGUCCGACUUCGACAUCAGCUUCCCGCUGUUGCGCGAGAUCACUCAGUACCUGGUCGUUUACCGCGUGGCCGGCCUGUACAACCUGGGAAAGCUGUUCCCGAACUUGAUGCUGAUCCGUGGAUCGCACAGCCCGCAUUUCCCGGGACUGGCGCUAAUGAUCCACGACAAUCUUGACCUUAGGGAGAUCGGACUGUACAGCUUGACCAACAUCACACGGGGUUCCGUGAUCAUUUCAAAAAAUCCCAAGUUGUGUCAUGCGACGACAAUCGAUUGGGGCCAAAUCGCCAACGGAGUGAGCAACGAUAUCAACGUAAUCAGCAAUGACGAACCAGCGAAGUGCAACGGGUGCUCUAAUAUUGGCUGCCCGGAAGACUUGUGCUGGUCCCACGAAGCCGGUCGAUGUCAGUACGGCAAGUUGAACGGUUGCCAUCCACUCUGCGCUGGCGGUUGUGACGAACCGCACUCUGCCAGGCAUUGUUUUGCGUGCACUGCGUACAUGCACAAGGGCGAAUGCAUCCGGGAAUGUCCAUACGGCCUGUACGGCCACAUCAGGUCGUGCUUGACCGCAGACGAGUGCCACAGUUUGCCGGUGACCAGAGAGGAAUCGACACCGGACGAUCUGAACACCCAUUACAUCCCGUUCGAACGCGUUUGUCGCGACGAGUGUCCGUACGGGUUCCAAGUGACGGCCGACAAAAAAAACUGUACGGUGUGCACGAAAACGAGAUCCGGACACUGUCAGCGGAACUGUAACAGUUUCAAGAUCAGUGACGACAUGUUGAGGAAGAAUUACGAAUACCGUUUGCACACCAACUGUACAACGAUCAAAUCUCUGGAGAUUGAAGUCAAAUACGGUACCAGCGAGGACGUAGAACGUCGACUAGAAGAAUACAUCGGAAAAGUAGAAGUUAUUUUGGAUCAGUUAAAAAUCAUACGAUCGUAUUCGCUGAGUUCUUUGAAUUUCUUGCGGAGCCUGUACGAAAUACGUGGUGAAAAUACAGUUAAUAAAAUGGCUUUGGUGAUACGCGGCAAUAAAAAUUUACAAAAACUUUGGACUACCAGUGAAAACGAAACUCGCCCAGUUAAGAUAUUGAACGGCACGGUUUCUUUUCACUACAAUCCAAAGUUAUGUAUGUCAGAAAUAUAUAAAUUUGGAAAUCUGUCUACACUGCCUACAUUCUCUGAUAUAGAAGUGUCAGUUAUAUCUAACGGUGAUCAGUUCGCAUGCACUGUUUAUAAUUUACAAGUAGAAACCGUUAAAAUUGAUUCACAGUCAAUUGUGUUACAAAUGCACAAACCUGUGGAAGCAGAUAAUUUGGAAAGGUUUCUUGUAUAUUUUAUCGAAGCAUCUAAAUGGAAUGAUACUAGAGAAUCAACCGAUUGCGAAGAUUCUAGUUGGAAAAUUGAUGAUAUAAGUUCAAAAAAAGCUUUAAAUGAAACUGAAAUCUUCCAUGUUAUUACAAAUUUAGAACCAAACACAGAGUACAUUUAUUAUGUAAAGACUUACACAAUUUCUUCCAAGACAAGUAUGAGUAGUAUAUUUCGUAAUAAGACUCUUCCAUCAAAGCCGUCCUCUCCCCAAUACUUUAAUGCUCAACCAGUGUCUAGUUCUGAAGUAGAACUGACAUGGAAACCUCCUUCACAUCCUCAUGGAAAAUUGGUCAAAUACAUUAUCAAGGGAAUUCAUUUAACCGACGACCAAGCCAUGUUGGAUGAACGUAGUUAUUGUAGAAACAAAACAUUCAAUGGGAACGGCAUAACACACAAAUCCUCCUCAUCAAUUAUUAAACCAUCAACUGAUGACACAUGUGAAAAACAGUGCGAACCACAAAAGAAUAUCGUUAAUAAUAUAUGCAACGAUUUUGAACACGGUAUAGACAUAGAUUUAAAUUCAUUGAACAAUCACAGGUAUACAUUUGAAUCGUGCAGCAGUAACAUUCUUAAUAUCUUUAUUAAUUCAAAAUGUUUGGCAAUGCAAAACAGCGAUGACUCUGUUUUUCCAAGUAUUGUAAAUACUUUUAUAAAUGAAAACUGUACAGAAAUGUGGUCAGUCAGUAAUAUGUUGAACAAUGUUACCCAUAGAGAUGGUAGCUCAUCUUAUUUCCAGAUUCAGUUAAAUGAAAAUGUUACAUCGUUUAAUCUAAGUAACCUUAGGCAUUAUAGUCAAUAUUUACUGUCUAUAUUGGUUUGUAGAGAGGUUGUCAAACAAGAAUUAAACCAAAGCAAUAUAAAUUCUUGUAGUCAAGAGACGUUAAUAUCCUUCCGCACUUUGGAAAAUAAGCAAGCAGAUAUUAUUGAUAGCGAAACUGUACGAGAUGAAAUUGUGAAUAAUCACACAGUUAAUAUAUUUUGGGAGUCACCAAAGCUUAUAAAUAGCAUAAUACAUAGUUUUCAGUUACACUAUAAGCGCUUGGAAGCGCCUAAUUUUGUUUCUGUGUGUGUUACUAUGAAGGAAUACGAAAAUGCUGGCCGAUCAUAUGUCUUCAAGAAUAUACUGCCUGGUGUUUAUCAAUACAGAAUCCAAGCUGUUUCAUUAUACGGACCUGGGCCAUAUACUACUGUGAAAAAAUUUGAUCUUCCCUAUCCAGACGCAUUUAAUAGUUGGCACCUUAUUCUCUUAAUUGUUAUUUGUGGCUGUAUAUUAAUUGUAUUAACAGGUGUUAUUAUUCGUACACACUUUAGUCGUAAGAUUUUAGAACGCAAUAACAUGUUUAAUCUAGCCAAUAAUCCUGGCUACGUUGGCAUAUAUGUCGAGGACGAUUGGGAGACACCCCGAGAAGAUGUGGUUAUACUGAAAAUACUUGGUAGAGGGACAUUUGGCACAGUUCACGAAGGUCUGCUAAUGCCUCAUUCUAUACCAUGUGCUGUAAAAUCUGUAAGCAAGUCAAAUUUUUUGAGAUAUCAUACAGAGUUUUUGAAUGAAGCUGCCAUAAUGAAGAAGUUCAGUGAAGCAUACCAUAUAGUGAAAUUGCUCGGUGUAGUAACCAAGACCCACCCACCACUACUCAUAAUGGAACUCAUGGGCCGUGGCGAUUUAAAAAGUGUAUUGGUGAAGUGCAAGAAUUCUGAUGAUCCACCUCCACCCACUAGAUACAUCAUAAUUCGUAUGGCUGCACAAAUAGCUGAUGGUAUGGCGUUCCUAGAAUAUAAUAAAUUUAUUCAUCGUGAUUUAGCAGCCCGAAACUGUAUGGUGGCUAAUGAUAUGACAGUGAAAAUUGGCGAUUUUGGUAUGAGUCGACAAAUAUAUAAUGGUGAUUAUUAUCGCAAAGGAAAUAAGGGUGAAAUGCCUAUACGGUGGAUGGCUCCUGAGAGCCUCAGUGAAGGUAUAUUUACCAGUCAGUCAGAUGUCUGGAGUUAUGGGGUCGUGAUCUGGGAAAUGAUGACGCUGGGUGCACAACCCUACCUGGAAAAGAGCAACAAUGAGGUCAUGGCUCAUGUGCUUGACGGCAACUUACUAAACUUGCCAAUCUUCUGUCCUGAUGUGUUAGCUGGUAUCGUUAGACUGUGUUGGAAUUGGACUGCUUCCCAACGACCAAGGUUCCUAAAAAUAGUCGAAAAACUUGACCCUUAUCUGGAGGAUGAUUUCAGAUCAGUUUCGUUUUAUCACACUCGCGGUUUACGCAAUGAGUCGCCUGCUGAUGAAUCGUUGAUGUCACCGUGUACUACGUACGAAGAAGAUGUAGAUAACGAUAGCAAUAGUUUCCAAGCCGGUGUCCCUGUUGCUGUAAAUAAUGCGUUCCAUGCAGACAAAAACAAAAUGAGUAAUGGACAUUUAUCUCCAAUGUAAUUUUUAGGGUCAAAAAUAUUUAAGUGAAAAUAACGUUACCAGUAAAGUCUAUUUAAAAAAAUAAGUGUUUUUUGUUUGUUUUCUUUAUAAAUAUUGUAUAGACGGUCCAAACUUGUCAUCUGGGUAACCGUUUUUGUAGACUUUUAAUAUUUCGUUGUUAACUUUUUUUUAUAUAUAAUUUAAUAUUUUUAUGUUCUAAUUUUAUUAAGAAUUAAAAUUACAUAAUUUUUUUUUCGUACCACCUUACAUGUAUAAACAUAUUGUUCUAGUUUCUAGUCAGCGCGUGGAAAUCUUGUCUCUCCACCGUCUGUUUUUUCAUUUUAUUAUUAUUUUAUUUUGUAAUAGAUUUUUAAAUGUCAUUACAAAAUCACUAAAAUAAAAUAUAUAUUGCCAUAUAAAUACUUUUUUGGAACUA